AUGGUAAGAUCAUCCAUUCCGAUAAAUACUUUCUUCAACAGAAUUAGUGAAGGGGUUUAUCAUAAUAGGUUUUGUAAUAGGCCUAUAUUACUAGAGCGUGGUGCCCAGCUAGAUAAGAUGACAACUGUGGACUGUGCUCUUAGUUUUGGUUUGCGACAAUGGAAUUCUAUAGUUCAAAUAGAUAAGAACGAUAAAGCUUAUGAUGGAUUAGUGAGAAUAUUUUAUGCAAAUAUGCAUGAUGUUGAGAAGGAAGAUUUGAAGUUUAAAUCUUAUAUGAGGAAUGUACAUUUUGAAGUGAAUCCGAAUUUGAUUUCAAGGAUAUUGAAGGUUCCCUCACCCUUUAUUGUUGAAAAUACUGUGACAUACCCAUACAAAAAUCUCAAUGAUCAACAUACCAUCGAGGAUGUUGCAACAGAACUUUAUGCGUUUGAUGUUGAAGGUAAGCAAAAAAGUCUCCCAUUCCCCAUCUUAAUUUCAAAGAUCAUGAUGCAUUAUGGAGUUGUCAUUUACCCAUCCGACACUUAUAAGUCCCUUAUGAGUCCAUUUGGUGAAUGCACAUUAAAAAAGAGUUUGGGGCAAACCGAUGCAUAUGAUCCAUAUGAUUAUGAUACCGGGGCAAGUACUUCAAGGGAUAUUGUACAAAUGCUUAAAUAG